GCUCUCUCCUCCUUGGGGGCAGAUGUAAAAGCAGUGAGCAGAGCAGAGCCUUAGAGAGUCAUGGGUGCCAGCGGCAGCCAGAUGUGAGGGAGGGUGUCCAGGACAUGGGUCCUCCCCAAGGUCGCUGGCCGGGCCUCUGGGCACUGCUCCCUCGGCCCCACCUCGGACAGUCCCCCACGCCUCCCAGGGGCCUUUGCUCUGUGGUGCUCGCUCGUGCGCUAAUCGGUCCUCUCUCGCUCAGCUCCAUCGUCCUCGUGGCGUCCAAGGGAAGGUACGUCUCCAGAGGCCCGUGGACGCGCGUGCUGGAGAAGCUCGGGGCGGACAAGGGGCUCAAGUUGAAAGACAAAAUGGUCUUCGUUGGCUUCAAAGGCAGCUUCCGGCCCACCUGGGUGACCCUGGCCACCGAGGACCACCAGGCCAAAAUCUUCCAGGUGGUGCCCAUCCCCGUGGUGAGGAAGAAGAGGCUGUGAGGAGCGUGACGGCGGACUCUUGGCAGCGGACCCGGGGGGGUGGGUCGGGGGGGCUGGGCCCCCGUCCCUGCCCAGCGGCUGC